AUGGAGAAACUACCACAAGAGAUCAUUGACCAGAUCAUCGACUACUCACCUUGGUUGACCGGGCGCCGUCGUGCUCCGACGUUCGCGACGGUUUCUAAGCGAUUCCAACUCUCCAUCGAGCGGCAUACUUUCAGGGAAAUUGACAUCAAUCAUGUCGAACUGGAGCGUUUCGCAGACCUUUUCACCCACCCGCACCGCCGCAAUGUUCUCAAGCAUCUCGGGUUUAAGAUCAAACUUUUGCUUUGUCAGAAAUACCCCGAAGCAACCGAGAGAGAGGCCAACAACAAAGUCGCGACAAAUGCCAUUCUCAAUCUUUUGAACUGCUUGUGUCGCUGGGAAAAGAACUGCAACAUCGGCUUAUUCAUUACAGCUCGUCCUUAUCAACUAGGAUUUUCUGGCACCAACCUUGAUUAUCAGUACGACUAUCUCGAAAUCCUUUACCCGGAGCAGCUGCCCCCAGUCGACUGCAUUCGGUGGCUUUUGUUAAAUAACCCGGAGUCUCGCAAAAAGCCGGGUUUCCGCGAAUUCUCACCAUUGUCGUAUUUGGCACUAGCAACCAAACUUCCCUGUCUCAAAGGCACCUUUCUGAGUUACACCGAGCCUGGCGAAUUCUUGGCCUUCCGUCAGAGCUUGCGAGAGAAUUUGGUUCAAGCCAUCAGCAAGGCACCUUCAAUGGCCAAGGUUUACUUUAACAUCGACGGACCUGACUACACCGGUCACGACCCGCCGAGCCUGGUGCCAAGCCAGCAAGAAGACUCGCUUUCUCUUGCUCUACGCCGUAGUCUCGCGAAAAACCCACAGCCGUUCUGGGAGAAUAUCACUUACAUCUUCAUCACGCUCAAUCCUGUAGCCCCCUCUGGAACGUGGUACUUCCGCAACGGCCCCCAGAAGGGCCAGGAAGCUUUCGCUCUUCAUCUCAAAGAUCAGAGUCCUCCUGGCUAUGGGACAGAAGAACAGACCGUUUCGGCCCUUGCAUUCCUAGGGGAAUUGACCAAGAAGAUGAAGCCAGAAGUUGCAAAACGGAAUUUUCAACGAAUGAAAGCACCUGAACGAUUCGAUGUGAACCCCGACACGGUCAUGCCGCUGCUCAGAUCAGUCACCAGAGCCAUCGCCCAGAUGAGAUCCUUGCAGAUCUUUAAGCUACGAGAUGCCGAUAGCCUCAGCACGUGGUAUUCGACGAACUCCUUGAAAGUGGAAUACUACCUCCCAGGUGUGCUGGACCGAGAGUACAGAGAAGAACUAGAUGGGCUUCCCUUGGGCAAGCCCCGAGUCCUACUGCGUGCCCGGGGCCUGGCAGAGUCUGGAUGCUGUGCAAGUGAACUAGAAGAUAUGUUCCGGAAGGUCUCAAUCGCAAACCACCACCAGGAAGCGGUUGUCACAUGGAUCUAG